UCUUAUCAUUACAGCUUUCUACAGUAAAAUAAAAAGAUGCCGCAAUCAACUUUAGAUGCAUGGAUCCAUGUCAAACGAAAAUCUCCAGACUCAUCAGAGCAUUUAGAUACACCUACAAAGAAGAGAAAACGGUGGAAAGAAAGUGAUGAUGGAAAUAAUGAAAUAAAAUGGACGACACUUGAUUACCCGGGACCGGUGUUUCCUCCAGAGUUUAAACCUCUACCUCCAACUGUGACCAUGAGAUAUCAAGGAAAACCAAUAAAACUGAAGCCGAAAACAGAAGAAUGUGUCGUCUUGUAUAUUAAAAAUCGAGAUAAAGCUAAAAAUCCGAAAGUUUACGAUGAGAACUUUUGGGAAGAUUGGGUCAAAGUCAUGGAACCAGAGGAGAGGGACAGUAUUCGAAGCUUCAAAAGUUGCAACUUUAGAACAAUUACACAUUAUUUAAAGAACAACAAAUAUUUUAAGACCGAACAGAAAAAAAUGAAAAACAUAAAAGAUAAAAGGAAAACGUGUAUGGUAGACGGCUUUGAGGAAGACAUACAAAAUCCCAUGGUGGAGCCCCCGGGUGUAUUCAUUGGAAAGGGAAACCACCCAAAGAACGGGAGAAUAAAGCCGAGAAUUGUUCCGGAGAUGGUUACCGUGAACUGCAGCGAGGGCACUGAAUGUCGACCUCCCGCUGGUCACACCUUUAAAGAAAUCGAACAUAAUAAGAAGGUUCUACACCUUGCGUUUUGGGAUCACAAACUUUUACAGAAAAAGAAAUAUGUUCAAUUAAGGGCGACAUCCAGUCAGAGAGGCCGGGAUGACAAAAGGAAGUUCGAUGUAGCAAGAAAAAUGCACAGGGAAAGACCACGCUUGUUAAGACUCUGUAAAUCGGGUCUUUGUUCCGAAAAUAAUGUGCUGGUCCAGAAAUAUAUAGCGUUAUAUUUAAUGAUAAAGUCUGCCUUACGACCUGGUUAUCCAAAAAAGCCAGGGUUAAGUGCGGAUACUAAAGGAUUGUGCACUCUGACAUUUUCAAAUUUAGAAUUGUCGGAGAAAAAUAAAUCUUACUCGCUUCGGUUAGACUUCUUGGGUAAAUCGUCCAUACCAUGCACAAAAAAGAUAGUUCUAUCAAAAUCGGUAUACCAAAAAUUGAAAGAAUUCGAGCAAGAAAAGGAGAUUGACGACCAAAUAUUUGAUUUGGUGAAGGCACCAAGUCUAAAUAAGUUUCUCCAGAAAAGUUGCAGAUAUCCACAAAGUAUGAAACCAACAUUGAAAACGUUCAGGACAUUUGUUGCUGGAAAAAAGUUUGAAAGAAAACUUCAAGAGAUCAACAAAGAAGACAAGAACAACAUGAUUAAGAAUUAUAACAGUGCAUUAGAAGAGGUGUCCAAAAUUCUUAAUCACACGGGAAAAAACACCGCGAAAGUUAAUUAUAUAGAUCCCCGGAUUACAGUGGCCUGGUGUCUGAAGUGGGACAUCCCCAUAACGGAUGUAUUCACCAAAUUCCAGAGAGAGAAAUUUCAAUGGGCUAUUGAAACGAAGGACAGAAAAUUCAAAUUUGUGCAAUAACAUGUGAUUGUGUAUUGGUAGACCACAACACAAACAAUGAACUGCAGUUAAAUGUCAGAUCUCAGAGCGGCGUAACAAGCUUUAACCUUAUUGACAGUAUCAGAUACAUGUAUUUAUAAUUUUAUACUUAUAAAGUACAGCUUUGUUGAUUUUUCAUUUUUUUUUAAUUUUUUUAAUUCAUUGUCAACCUUACCCAUUAUAAUGUAAACUUGGUAUAUUUCUUAUGAGGCUAAAAGACAACAAGUAUGUUUAAAUAGAUAAAACUGCGUGAGCAUGAAAAUGAACUGCCGCUUAAAAGUAAUACUCUUUCUAAUUUAGAGAGUAGACUCAGGAUAAGAAUAGGUUUCUACACACAAGAUAUUCAUGUAUAUUUCUACUGAGAUUGUUCAGAAAGUAAUAUUGUAUUUGGUUGUAUGUGAGAGGGUAUGGCGGUCGCCCGCUCGGACACGUGGGUUUCCUCCGGGUACUCCGGUUUCCUCCCACAUACAUGAUCCCCUAGCGCAAACAUCCGUGCAUCAAGAGACCCCAUUGGAAAUAAGCUGUCGAGCUUUCAUGGGUUAUCCUUGGUAUCUAUGUAUGUAUAUUUGUAUGGAUGUAUAUACCGAAUAAACAUUUAUUUAUUUAUUGUAUAAUUUAGU